AUGAAGUGCAGAUAUCUGACCACCAGUGCCGUGCGCUUUUUGAAGCCAGCUCGAUUUGACAUCAAGCAAUUCGUCAGUCAACUCCCGCUUUACGCUGAGUCCGUCAAGGCCCGACAGCUAACAAAUGGUAAUGAACUUCUCCAGCAGCUGUCCCAACUGCCAUUGCAAGAACAGCAAGCCAAGACGUUAGAUUCUGAGGUUGCCAGAAUUCAAACGCAGCGGAAGUCCAUAGAAAGCGAGAUAAAAGCAGAUAAAAGCAAGCUCAAGCAAUUGCGAGGUGAAUUAGCAGACUUGAAAUCAUCAUUUCAAAGUGUCACCACUGAACUCAAGAAAAUCCAAGACGAAAUAUACGAAACGUGUGUAUCGCUCCCGAAUUUAGUUCACCCUGAUGUGCCUUUAAGGGAACCUGAUUUGGUCAAGUGGAUCAAUCAGCUCCCGCAAUACGUCCCUGACCCUAUGCGCGAUCAUCACGACAUCAUGGUCAGGAAAAACCUUGUGGACUUCAAAGCUGCCGCAACAGUCUCUGGAAACUCAUGGUACUACCUUCUCAACGAUGGGGCACUGUUGGAGCAAGCACUGGUCUCGUAUGCGACCAAGCGGGCGCGUGAACAUGGAUUUUCGAUGUGCAACCCGCCCAGCAUUGCCAAAAAUGAAGUAAUCGAAGCCUGCGGGUUCAGGCCACGCGAUAUGAAUAACGAGCAGCAGAUAUACAAUAUCGAAGGCUCGAAUUUGGGUUUAACUGCUACCGCAGAAAUUGCCCUUGCCGGGAUGCAGAUAGAUACCGUUUUAGAUCUCUCUGAUGGUACCAAGAAAAUGUGUGGUCUCAGCCGGAGUUACCGAGCGGAGGCAGGUGCUAGAGGAAGAGAUACAAGAGGGCUGUACCGUGUGCACGAAUUCACCAAAGUAGAACUCUUCUGCUGGGCCUUGCCAGGUCGUAGCGAGGAUGUACUACAAGAGCUAUUGGAUUUUCAGGUCAAGCUUGUGUCAGAGCUAGGUCUUACUGCAAAGGUCCUGAAUAUGCCUGCGAAUGACCUUGGAGCUCCCGCAUUCCGGAAAUACGACAUAGAGGCCUGGAUGCCAGGUAGAGGAUCUUUUGGCGAAAUUACAAGCACUUCCAAUUGCACCGAUUUUCAAAGUCGUCGCAUGGGCACCAAGUUCAAAGACGAAACUACAGGCAAACCUAAAUUUCUACACACGCUCAAUGGCACUGCUAUCGCUGUUCCGAGAGUAAUCGUUGCCAUUGUAGAGAAUUUUUAUGAUCCCUCUACGAAUUUAAUCGCUGUUCCGGAUCCUUUAAUACCUUACAUGGAUGGUAAAAGAUUCUUUUAA